UACUUAGUAAUAACUUUGAAACUGUUAACGUAGCAUCCAACUAAAACAAUUUGGCAUCAACUUCAGCUUACAUGUCUAAAUAAGGUGAUAGAUAUCACAGCACUAUCCCAAAUAAAACUGACCCGGCCGGCCACUUGUAUAAGAUAUCAAAAGUAAUUCUAAGUAUUAUGACAAUGUACAAGCAAUUAUUAUUGCUCGUAGCUGCUGUUGUUUUAACAGCUACUGAUGGAGGCUUUGCUAACGAAACUGAAAAUUGGAAAGAGGUAACAGUACGGUGCCAAGAGGUUGAAUUCGUUGAAUUUCUUCUCGAAAAUAUCAAGAACGAGACACGAGUAGUUUUAGCAGAUUGUGGAAAGAAAAACUUUGUUGUAUCUUCUAACUUCAGCAUUUCAUCGAUUGACAAACUUUGCAUCUGUGGAAGACAAUUGAGUCUCUCUAGAAUACAUUGCACGAACAACACAGCAAUUAUAUUUACAGAUGUCACGAACCUCCACUUGGAAAAUGUUCACAUACAAAACUGUGGUUGGAAUGAAACGCAUAAUGGAGGAUUAAAAAUAACCAACUGUACAAAUGUCACACUAAGUGGAGUUACAAUUGAGAACAGCUGGAGAACUGGUUUGAUAAUGAUUAACGUUAGAGGCAACGUACUAAUUGAGUACAGCAAUUUCUUGAAUAAUGGCAGGCACCAAAGCAACUUAACACAGCAACUAAUGAACAGCACUUACAAUGACUUUCACGAGAGAGGAGGAGGUAUGCAAGUAAUGAUAGGCGAUGGUCAAGCAAAUGGUUUCUUUACCAUGAGGGAGUGUUACUUCUCAAACAACUUUGCCUCUCAUGGAGGUGGCCUAUUCUUAGUUAUUCACGAAGCAGCUACACAAAAUAACAUAACAAUUGAGAAAACAUUUUUCCAGAACAAUCAUUGUUACUAUGGUGGUGGCGGUGGAGGAGUGCAAAUUGGGUAUGUACAAGAGGACGAAAAUAACGACACAAUCACAAACAACAGUGUUUUUUUUAAAGAAUGUGAUUUUUCCCAAAAUACAGCCAGGUAUGGAGGAGGUACAGCAGUUUUUUCUACAUUUGGUUUACUUGAAUUCUCACAAAAUAUUUUGACUUUCAGUUCUUGCAAUUGGACAAAUAAUUCAGCGAUUCUUGGACUGGCAAUGGACAUUUCUGUAGCACCUUGGCAAACCCUCUCGUCACGGCGACACCUCCCUUCCCCUGUAUUUAUCAACUGUAUUUUCCAUGGAAACGCCAACACAUCUACUGAAAAAUCACCAUUCAUUCUUAAUACACCCAGAGGUAUCUUGGUCGUAACCAAAUUCAGAUUGAAGUUUAGACAUCUAACAGUUUUUUGUCAAAAUAUAGGCUCUGCUAUUGAAGCUACAUCAGCAACAUUGGACUUUCAACCCAAUUCAAAUGUGCAUUUCAUUGAAAACAAAGGCCUUCAAGGUGCUGCAAUGAAUUUGAAAGCAUCAACAGAUGUAAUCAUUCGUGAAAACUCGUUCCUUUUGUUUAAAAACAACACCGCCACUUACAGUGGAGGUGCUAUAUAUGUAGAAUAUUCAGAUAAGCAUUCUUUCUUCACUUCAAAACGUUGUUUCCUUAGGUAUGUUGGUGGGGAAGAGCCUAAAAAUGUCACUCUUAGGUUCGAGAAUAACUUUGCUGCAGUAGAUUCUAUGAGGCCACACUCUCAGUUAAACGAAGAAAAUAUUAGACAUCAUGGUGAUUCGAUAUUUGCUACUUCUAUUGUACCUUGCUUUGAAAAAUGCAUUCAAUCAUUACAAACUGAUGUAUCAUUGCCUAUAACUGAUACUCUCAAAUGUAUUGGACAGUUUUCGUUUGAUGAGCUUGACACUAAACGAAGACAAAUAUCCACAUCUCCACAUCAUUUUGCAGCUACGGAAACUAGUUUUGAAUACGAUAAUAUGUGCUUAGUUUAUGUCAAUAUCACAAACAAUUCGAUAAAGAGGAAUCCCAACUAUCAACCAAAAAGAUACAAUCCAUUUGAGGGGCCACUUCAUAUAAUCCCUGGAAAAUCAACAAAGAUACCACUGCGGCUAGUAGAUGAUUUAUGUGCUGAAGUUUUCUUCGUUGUACAAGUACGAGUAGUGUCAUCUGAAAUGAAAUCGCUAAUUAUUCACGCCGCUCAUUCAGUACUCACAGACAAUUCUUUAACUCUUUACGGAGAAGAAAAUGACACAGGACACAUACAACUUACAACUUUUGGAGUCCGAGCUAUCAGCGUAACAAUCAAAGUAACAAUGGACCAGUGUCCUCCCGGUUACAUACAUGACAAUUACGAUGGAUUAAGGGCAUGCCGAUGCUUAAGCAAUAUCAACAGAAUGAACUAUCGUGGGAUUGAGAGGUGUAAUGAGAGUGAAUUUAGAGCUUACGUAAAGCAUGGAUAUUGGGUAGGGUAUGUUAAGAAUCGCAGCGAAUCAAGUUUAGCUAGUGCUCUGUGUCCAAAAGGAUUUUGUAUUAAUAAUACAAAUACAACCCCACCUACAGAGCAUUUACUGCCAGCAAACAGAAAUGAGGAUAUAAGCCUGUACAUUUGCAACGCUAACAGGACAGGUAGGAUUUGUGGAUCAUGCAAGGAGUACCAUUCAGCCUACUAUCAUUCAACGUCCUUCUAUUGUGGUAGUAACGAUCUAUGCCAUCUGGGUUGGCUGUUUUAUACCCUGUCCGAGAUUAUCCCCGUUACGAUACUGUUUCUGGUAGUAAUCGUAUUUAACAUUUCUUUCACAUCAGGGCCACUAAAUGGAGUCAUAUUUUUCAUUCAAAUGAUUGACGCACUAAAAAUAAAAGCAGAGAACUUUAUUUGGUUUGACCCCUCGUUGCAUAACAUAACCUACCUAUAUAAAAGCAUUUUUCGGAUGUUCACUUUAAAUUUCUUCUCAUAUCAUCAAGAUUUGUCAUUUUGUCUCAUAAGAGAUGCUUCGGCAAUGGAUAUGUUAGCUUUUAAGUACUUCACCAUUAUUUACAGCCUGUUACUCGUUCUUGGAACCGUUUUUUUACUAAAGAUAUGUAACUUCAAGCUCCAUGGAAAAUCUCUGCCUAGCCUCAAAGGCUCCAUUAUCCAUGGUCUGUCUGGUUUUCUAGUGAUGAGCUACUCAGAAUGCACAAGAGUUUCUCUUAUGAUCCUCACCAAAUCAUAUGUUAAUGUUAUUGGGUCUGAUAAAUAUGAUGUUGUUCCUUUCUACAAUGGAGAUUAUUCGUACAUGGGACUUGAGCAUUUGAAAUAUGCCAUUCCUGCAAUUAUCUUCCUUCAAACCUUGGUAGCAAUACCUCCUCUGUUGCUACUCACCUACCCUUUGUGUUACAAGUUGUUUGCUCUGUUGAGGAUAGAGGAAUCAAAGUGUGUGCAGAUCACCUGCAAGAUCAUCCCUCUAGAAAAAACCAAACCACUUUUCGAUUCGAUACAGGGUGCUUUCAAAGAUCGCUAUCGGUUUUUUGCUGGUCUAUACUUUCUCUAUAGAUUGUGUGUGCUACUAUCUUUCACACUAUCAAAUACACUUACUACGCACUACACAGUAACUGGAGCGCUGCUGGUUUCUAUGCUUACUCUUCACGCUACAUUUUGUCCAUACAAAAAAAGGUGGCACAAUAUUUUGGAUGCCAUAUUGUUUUGCAACCUAAUUAUCAUCAACACGAUAACGCAUUACAACUACAGCCUCUUGUUUCUCAAAUUUGACUCUACUACUCUAGUAACAGUGAUGAUCAGUUUGCAAUGCGUACUAAUAUUUCUCCCAUUAGUCUACUUGAUUGCCUUUACUAUAUAUUCAAUAGUGGUGAAAACAAAGCCACUAUGCACACUCAGAUGUCACAGCUUUGCUCAACGAAACACAGAGGACGAUUCCGAUAUUAUUUUGAAUAAUUUGGAUGAGAGGGAAAAUUCAACGGAAGGCAGUGACUAUACAGCUAUGACAAUACAUUAGAACCUAGUGAUUACACCUUAUAAGAAGAAAAUGUCAAGGAAAAGAGAUCUGCUAUUGAAAAUAGAGUUUUGGGAACACAGUUUACGAACCUUGCUAAAUUUUUACACUUUGGAUAUUCACAAGUAUACAAAGAGCCGUACUUAGUGUGUGAACAAUUUUAACUACCAUUACAUAAUUAAAACAAUUUAAUACACCGCACCCAAAAUGUUUGAUAUAAUAUUUGCACUACAAACAA